AUGAAGGCAAAACCUGGUUUAAUUGAACUCAGCAACAAUCCCAACAAUGGACACUGGUACGUCCCUGACUGGCAGCCUGGUUUAAUUGAACUCAGCAACAAUCCCAACAAUGGACACUGGUACGUCCCUGACUGGCAGCCUGGUUUAAUUGAACUCAGCAACAAUCCCAUCAAUGGACACUGGUACGUCCCUGACUGGCAGCCUGGUUUAAUUGAACUCAGCAACGAUCCCAAGAAUGGACACUGGUGUAAUGAAGCCUACGUAACAGGAUGUAUGCUGAUCCAAGCAGUCAGAUCAUAUCUACAUUUCUCACAACUCAGUGCAUGGUAUAGCUCUACUCGUGGUCUCAAUCCUGCAGCUGUUGUGUAUAGGAUUUGUGCACCAGGAGAAUCUCUAGCACAUAACUUUGAGGGCGCUAUUGACCACCAUGAAUUUCCAAAAGUGUAUCUCGAUAGAACUUCUUCUAUGAAAGUGUAUGUCAAGUCAUUACCACGGCAAAAGACUAUACCAAGUCUUACUUGCAUUGUACCACAUACGGAUAAAGAUGACGAUGAUGAUGUCACUAGCGAUCUGAUAUGUGAAGGAUUUACUGUAGAACCGUUGCUGUUACAUGAAGCAGAAAAGCAAGGAGCCAAACGCAAACAAUGUAGACCUGUUGCUAUAGGUAUCCAAGAAGGGAAAACAAAUAACACUACAUGUGAAGAGAAAUACCAAACCAACAUUCCAGUACGAAAAAAGAGUCAACAAAUGGACAUUCUUCCUAGAGUAAAGAAACAACAAACUAACAACUAUGAUUUGUACGAUUCAUACAGUACCUAUAAUGCAAUGCAACCUGAAUAUGGUGAAAAGAAACAACAAACUAGUAAAUAUGAUUUGUAUGAUUCAUACAGUACCCACAAUGCAAUGCAAACUGAAAAUGGUGAAAAGAAACAACAAACUAGGAAAUAUGAUUUGUAUGGUUCAUACAGUAACCACAAUGCAAUGCAAACUGAAUAUGGAGGGGAAAUCUCGUCCAUUUAUGCAAAUAACCCAGAUGACAUCGAACGUUGUCUAGACGAACUGUGUCUUAAAGACAAGCGUGAGGUUUUCCAAAAACAUGAACACAAAGAAAAACUUGCAUACAAAAAUGAAGAUGGGGAUUUCUGGUUAUUCAGACGCAAGGGGAGAACUUUGCAAGGGACUCUCGAAAAUGUACAGAAACAAACAAGUUCUCUUUUAAAUACUGUUUUAAGACGAAUUACUGACAAAAAACAACCACAAGAAGAACAUGCUAACGAGUCUAGUAAAAAAUGCGACAAUCAGUUUAAGGUCAAAUCAAAUAUCCAGGACAACCCUGCUCAAUCUGCAGUCAAACCAGAUAUUCAGAAUAGCCAUGCUGAGUCUGCAGUCAAACCAGAUAUUCAGAACAACCUUGCUCAGUCUGUAGUUAAACCAGAUAUUCAGGAUAACUUUUCACAGAUAGCCAUGCUGAGUCUGAUUAUCAUGUAA